CUCUCUCACUUGCUCUUUAAUUGCAUUUGUCAGCUCCAGAUCACAGAUCAGCUUUCUUUGGGGACGUACUCUGUUUAUUACUAAGGCAAGUCAAUCUCUCUGAUCCUGCUCAAGACACAACAAGACCCUUUUUCAUUAGGGUAAAGAUGCAGUGGGAAGCUAUAAAAGAUUAGUGAUCAUGAGUUAAAAUACAGAUGGUGGUUUACUUCUUGCUGAAAUGGGGACCAGUACAAGAGUAAUUCUGGCAGUGCUGGAUUUGCUGCUCUUCCUUUAUCCAUGUGCGUGUACCCAGAAUUGUUCAUCCAGAAUUGUUCCUUCAGAACUGGAUGGUCCUCAAAUUUGGCCGGUAAAUAAACCUCACAACGGUUUUAUGUCAUCUAUCAUUGAUUCCUUUUUGAGCUCUGUUCAACCCAACCCUUUCCCUAGAGAACUUUUAAUUAAAACUUUGAACUCUGGGGGCAUCAAUGAUAAAGCAACAAUAAAUGAGGUUUUACGCUAUGAGGCAGGAUUUCUGGUGUGCGUGGCCAUUGGGAUUCUUUACAUCAUCCUUAUGCCCCUAAUUGGCAUGUGCUUCGCCUGCUGCCGUUGCUGUGGGAAUUGUGGGGGUCACAUGUAUCAAAAACAGACCAAUAACAUCAACUGCCGACGACAGAGCAUUUACUGGGUCACUUUUCUCAUCACCAUCCUUAUAUUCGCAGGGAAUGUUUGUAUGUUUUUUAGCAAUACCUACACCCACAAGAGCAUGAACUCAGCACCAGGUGAAUUCAACAAUACGUUAAAAAAUCUGCAAAGCUAUGUCACCAUAAUUCCAAAGCAAAUAGAUCAAGUGGUGAAUGAGAGCUGUCUAGUUGUGGAUAAUGUCACAUAUAACAUUCAAGGAAUUGGCCCUUUGCUUGGGAGAGAAAUACAAAGAGAAAUAGAAAGCUUUGUUAUCCCAGCCCUGGACUCUUCUACAUUGAUAUUACAAGUUAUUCAGAACACCAGUUUGUUGUUGUACACAUUGAACUCAACACAGAAAGAACUGGAUUUGCUAAAGUCGAACUUGACCGGAGUGAAAACACGACUCAACAAGACCAUACACAACCAAGACUGUGUGCAGUGCGUCUCCUUGGUGUCUGAACUGGACAAGUUGUCCCUGAACACAAGCAUUAAUCUAUCCAGCUUUGCUAAGCUCCAGUCAUCUGUGGACCAGGCUGAAAAAACUGAUCUGAAUAAGCAGAUACAGAAUGGCAGGGACUUCUUUAAAAGUAUUCCUGAAAGUGUGACUAAUUUAACCAGAGACAAUGUACAGAAGGUUCAGCAGGACCUUCAAACCAUAAAGAGCCAGGUCUCACAGGCAACCAGAGAUAUUCCACUUGACCUCAUGACUAAAUUCUCCAACAUUCUGAAUACUGUCCAAAUGACUACCACAAACCACACACCAAGUAUAAACAUGGCAGAGAAACUCAGACAGGUUAUUGACAGUACAGGUGUAUUUCCAGGAUUCCAGCUGUCACAAAGCCUAGGGCUAAAAUCUAACCUAACUAUCAGUGGUGUGUUUAAUGACUGUCAAAUGAACAAGUCUUUAUGGAAGACCCUCCAUCUGGAGGACAUCAUUAAUCUCAAUGACUAUCUUAAUGUCUCCAAAUACACUGGACAAGUGCAGCAGGUACUUCAGAACAGCAAUAUCACUAUACCCAGCAUCGUUCUGCUCGAUGCUGAGACAAAGAAGCAACUGAGCAACUUUUCUUCUACAGCCAGCAGUGUGAACAUCAGCAGCAUCAUGCAGAAGGUUACUACCCUAUUAGGAACAAAUCUUAGUCACACUGCAGACAAAUUGGAUGCAUUGGUUAAUAUCCAGAACAAAACUACUGUUAAAACUGAAUUACAGAACGAGACAACAUAUCUUAGAUUCAUACAGUAUCAAUUUGAUUCUACCAUCAAGCCUCAGCUGGUGGAGUUAAUGUCUCAACUUGAGCAUAUUAGCGACACAAUGUCACAAAUUAAUGGCACUGUACAGAAUGUUCUGGAAAAGGUCAGUUCUGCUCAGGAUGUUCUAAACAAUAACACAACACAAACUGUGAAAUCGAAACUGACUGAAUUUGUAGACUGUCAGAUCGGAGUUUUCACAUCGCUUGCUAAAUGGGCAUAUCAAACAAUUACUGAGCAGGUAGGAUGCUGUGGGCCGGUUGCUGUUACUGUCAACACUGUAGAAAAUCUGUUUUGCUCCCAGCUCGUGGGCUCUCUGAAUGCCUUUUGGUUCAGUUUGGGCUGGUGCUUGGUCUUCCUCAUUCCUAGCAUUAUCUUUUCUGUUAAACUGGCCAAAUUCUACCGCAGGAUGAAGCACAACGAUGAGUUUCUGUCAAUCCAAAAUCAUUCUGAAAGGAGAAAGAAAAUGUGCAGUACUGUGGAUUCACUGUCGUCAUGUUGAAGUACUAUAGCACAGUCUAAAGAGACAUGGAAUGGGUGUUGGGUGUUUUGCUUUAGGAUAAUAGGGGGAAAUUUUAGGUCACAUGAGUAGGACUGCAUGUGACCUAUCACACAAAGGUUAUUUUUUUUAGUUAUUUAAAACAGCUGCUUUGUAUUUGCACUUUCUUUUUCAGUGUCUUGAAUGCAUAAAGCUUUUUUUGUUUGUUUUUUACACAUGCUUUAUUCAGAGCUGUAAUUUCAAACACUGGCUUUAUGUGUGCUGUCUUUAAUAAACCAUACUACUGA